UGAUUGUGGUUUUUAGAAAACUCGACGCUUUGGAUGCAUCUUAGCAGCAGUCUCGUCCAUUUUUUGCAAGUUUGUGUAGCUGUAUUUUUGUAGUGUUUAUUGUGAAGACUUUUCCUUGACGGGACUUAUUGGUUUUUGGCACGCUUUUCAGCCAGCCGGCCAGCUAACAUUAGCAUGUUAAUAUCCGCAGCAGCAUCAUCCUGAUGAUUGAUUACACGUUAUCAACUACAGAUUUGUCAGAAUUUUGAGGUUUUGGUUUUUGGAAGACGAGGAGGAACUGGUCUGAUGGCUGUGUAUUUUUUUCAUGCUUUUUAAAUUGGUGGUUGGCAAACGUUAGCCAUGCUAGCCGGCUUUGAUCCCCGGAGGCCAGUCAGGGCCUGUGUCUCACUCUGAAGCCUGCUGAAGGCGCUGUCGGGGUCCAAGCGGGUGUGUUGUGGAUGGUUUAGUAUAAAUCGCCAGGGGCGAAGGUGAAGGUCGAGACACCAGCCCAAACUGAACCCAGCCCAGUCUCAAACAUCAGGCAGACGGCAACCCUGCACACAGACGCAAUGGAUCGUUCGCCCACCUCCUCCAGCCUGAUGAGCAGCAGCAACGUCACUAACAAGACUGACCCGCGCUCUCUCAAUUCGCGGGUCUUCAUUGGCAACCUCAAUACCCUCUUGGUCACCAAGGCGGAUGUCGAGGCCAUCUUCUCUAAAUAUGGCAAGAUCGUAGGCUGCUCUGUGCACAAGGGCUAUGCCUUCGUUCAGUACGCCAAUGAGAGGAACGCCCGAUCUGCUGUUGCCGGGGAGGAUGGCAGGAUGAUUGUUGGACAAGUGCUUGACAUCAACCUGGCUGGAGAACCCAAACCGCACAGAUCAAAAAGCACCAAACGUUCUGCUGGAGACAUGUACAGUAGUAGCUCCUCCUUUGACCUCGACUAUGAUUUUCAGAGAGAUUAUUACGACAGAAUGUACUCGUACCCAUCCCGUGUCCCCGCUCCCCCUCCCCCACUGUCGCGAGCUGUGAUUCCAUCUAAACGCCCGCGGGUCAGCCUGAGCGGAGGAAGCAGCCGGCGGACCAAGAGCAGCUUUUCCUCUUCAUCCAAGAGCAGUCAAAGGACCUCCUCUUCCAGAACAAUGAAAGUGGAUGAGCUGCAGACCAUUAAGAGGGAGUUGACGCAGAUCAAAAGCAAAGUGGAUGACCUCCUGGAGAGCCUGGAGCGCAUGGAGAGGGACCACAGCAAGAAGUCAGAAGCUAAGAGCAUAAAACCAGAGCCAGGAGAGGUGACUUCACCUCCCCACCCAAGUAACAAGAAGGACGACAGCUUGAAGAGGGAAAGGGAGAACCAGGACAUAAAUGACUCUGAGGAGGAUGAGGAGGACGAGGAAGAGGAGGGAGACCUGCUGGAGGAGGAGGAGGUGAAGAGUCAAGAGAGGGAGGAGGAGGAGGAAGAGGAGGAGGAAGGCGAGCACGUGGAAGCAGACGACGAUGGUGACAGCGUGAAUGGGGACGAGGACUCGUAGGCGCAGACGACAGCCUCGCAUGCAGUGUACUCGCAGCUUCCAGAAGGACCUCAGACUCCUAUUUUAACUCUAAUAUUGUAGAUAUAGAAAAGAAAAAAAAAAAAAAACAUGGACACAGACACACACAUAAACACAAACA